GAGAGAGGCCAACAUAAGCCACAGAGACACACGGAAGAGAAGAACAAGAGCAGCUGUAGGGAGCAUCUGAGCCUCUAGGACCAGACCCGAGGUCGAAUCUAGGACCCGAGGCUGCACAAAGACCAAAAUCCGGACCCCAGACCAGGAGCAGCCCAGUCCACCAUGUCCGAGCCCAUCAGAAGAAAAAGCUCCAGCAAGCAGCUCCUGCAGAACCUCAUCAGUUUGACGGCUCAGCGGAGCCAGGAGGAUGCUGAGGAGGUGGAGCGGGAGCGAAGGAGGAGAGCCAGGGAGACGCAGAGAGGAGAGGGGAGUCCCUCAUGGCCGGAGCCCCCCCAACACAACCCUCUCACACACCGCAACACAGAGUUGGACGAGGAGCUGAAGCCCAGAUGUUGCUUGGUUCUGGAGGAGGACGAGGGCUUCAGCGACUGGAGUCACAGGUUGGAGGGUCGUAAUGAGCAGGAGGUGCAGGAUGACUGCAGGGCCAGAGUGCAGAGGCCUUCAACACAGCAGUGGAAACCAGAGCCUGGACAGGAGAAACAGCAGCAGGGUGAAGAGGACGAGAAGGGAUGUGAGCCAGAACGAAGCAGUCGGUCACAGGAAGCUUUAACAAGACCUCCAGAGAAGAUGUCCAGCAACAGAUACAGCUCAACGGUCUUCCUGUCACAGGACGCCAGGCUGCAGCACGCCAUGGGCCAACCAGCAGACAGGACGUCCUACCUGGUGGCCGGGACGAUGAGGCCACGCGGAGGGGCAUGCAGGGUGGAUGGGGAGGUGGAGCAGCAGGAGCAGAAGGAGGAUGUAAAAGAGAUGCAGGCUACUCUGCAGGGGGAGUGGACUUCAGCAGAAAGCCGACAGAGCCCCAGAGAUAAAGAUGACCAGGAGGAAGAAGAACUGAGCUUCACAAAUGAAGAGAAGGACGACCUCCACCUCAGGAGGGAGGAGAGACACAAGGAGGAGGAGGGGGAGGAGCACAAGAUGCCAGACAAGAGCUCAAUGGAGGGAAGGAGAAGUGAGGAGGUGAGUAGAAGAUCUGCAACCUCUCGUUGCAGCAGCAGCGAAGGCGAGGAGCUGUUAAACUACGGUCCCAUGAGCCCGACAUUCAAGAAACUCCUCAUUCAGUUUUACCCAGAUGAAGUGAACAGCAGAGUCUCAACAGACGGUAAAUGUACGAUCAUAGAGAGAACUGAGUCUCUGAGGAAAAGCACCAGCAACAUAAAGAAGACGCUGCCACCUGUUGCUGUUUCCAAGAUUGACAAGAAACUGGAGCAGUACACACAUGCUCUUGAGGUCUCCUCAAAGGAAGGCAGAUCGGCCAGUCAGCUGCUGCCGGACCUGAUGAGUCCCACUGAAGCCGUCUCCUCCAAGAAGAGCCUGUUUGAGGCCGGAGAAGCCUGGAACCAAAAUGCAAUCACAGUCACACCAUCUAAGGAUGCAGAUGGGUUAAAAGUUGGUGUGGCUGAUCUCAUCAACCAGUGGGUGAAAGGAAGUGAAGAUGGGAGCAGGUGCAGCUCGCCCUCCAGACCAGCAGACAUGAAACCUGGUGGUGUUUCAAACAAGAAGAAUUUAUGGGUGAGCCUUGGUGACACAUUAUCUUCUGGAAGGGAAGGGAAGGAGAGCUCCACUGCUAAAAGAUAUAAGUUUGUGGUGACGGGUCACGGCAAGUAUGAGAAGGUUUAUGUGGACAACGACUGCAGUGAAGACGCAAACUGCCAGUCAGCUGGACAGUUCUAUGACGAUUUGUGAAACACAUGCUGGACUUUGAAGAAUUCUGGAUUAUGAAAAAAAUAUUUUUUAUCACUUCACCAUUCUCUGUAUUUCAAGCUUAAGGUUUUGAAUGUACUUAAAUCCUGUUGCAAUGACACAUUUCUUGUGCCUCUUAUCAUUUUACAAAAAGGUAGUGAAACAAAUUGUGAGUCUUUUUUUGUUUCUUUGCAGUUAUUCAUUUUAUCCUGUGAAUAAUAAUCUCUGCAGUAGUACAUCUUUUAAUACGAUGAAUUAACUUCAAUUAAACACAUUCCUGACGUUUGGUUCCUUAA